AUGGAGGAGAUUGGCAUUGUGCCGACUGAUGCCUAUGCGUCGACAUCGCAGUCGCGCGGCUCGAGCCGUACACAUGAAAAAGAGGAUGUGUAUCACUACUACAAGAAACUGCAGCAUCAGCUCGAGUUUCUGAAUACGAUGGAGGAGUAUGUGAAAGACGAGCAGCGCAACCUGAAGCGCGAGCUUGUGCGUGCUCAAGAAGAAGUGAAGCGGAUCCAGUCCGUGCCGCUCGUGAUCGGCCAGUUCCUGGAGCCCAUUGACCAGAUGACCGGGAUUGUCGGCUCAACGACAGGCUCGAACUACGUCGUGCGUAUCCUAUCGACAAUCGACCGCGAGCUUCUCAAGGCUGGUAGCAGCGUAGCACUUCACCGGCAUUCUAACUCGCUGGUCGAGGUGCUACCUCCCGAGUCGGACUCGAGUAUUGUGAUGAUGAGCCAGAGCGAGCGCCCCACAGAGACCUACAACGAUAUUGGUGGCCUGGAUGUCCAGAAGCAGGAGAUCCGUGAGGCUGUCGAGCUGCCUCUGGUCCAGUUUGAUCUGUAUCGGCAGAUCGGUAUCGAUCCGCCGCGGGGCGUGCUCUUGUACGGGCCGCCCGGAACAGGCAAGACCAUGCUGGUCAAGGCUGUGGCCAACGCAACGACGGCCUCCUUUAUUCGGGUGGUCGGCUCUGAGUUUGUACAAAAAUACCUGGGUGAGGGUCCCCGUAUGGUGCGCGAUGUCUUCCGCCUGGCGCGCGAGAACGCACCCUCGAUUAUCUUUAUUGACGAGAUCGACGCGAUUGCGACGAAGCGUUUCGAUGCACAGACAGGCGCAGACCGGGAAGUGCAACGUAUUCUACUGGAGCUUCUCACGCAGAUGGAUGGCUUUGACCAGGGCAGCAACGUAAAGGUGAUCAUGGCGACGAACCGGGCCGACACGCUCGACCCAGCGCUCCUACGCCCUGGACGUCUCGACCGCAAAAUUGAGUUCCCGCUGCCCAACCGUCGUGAGAAGCGUCUUAUCUUCCAAACGAUCUGUGGGCGCAUGAACCUGAGCCCCGAUGUGGAUCUGGAGGACUAUGUGAGCCGCCCGGACAAGCUCUCCUGUGCGGAGAUUGCCUCGGUGUGUCAAGCAGCCGGAUUGCAGGCUGUGCGCAAGAACCGCUACGUGGUGGUGCCGGCCGACUUUGACGAGGCCUUCAAGCAAAUGGCCAAGAAGGGCGACGACGGCCGCAUGGACUUUUACCAGUAG